AUGUUUAUGCUAACACAGCCACAUCGAGGACCAGGAAGAGGUAGCAUGAUUACAGGAAAGAGUGUUCAUAAUCAGCGAAUCGAACGAUUGUGGAGAGAUAUUUUUUAUCAAGUAGUUUGCUUGUUCUAUAACUUAUUCUAUCAUUUGGAAAGCUGUGACGUGCUUGAUCCUGACAAUAAUGCGCACAUUUUUGCAUUGCAUCACGUCUUCAUUCCACGUAUAAACAAGUGUCUCGCACAAUUUGUACAGUCCUGGAAUGCUCAUGUUCUUUCGGGAACUGAAGGAAAGACACCCAUGCAGAUGUGGAUUGAAGGGCAGUUGCAAAUGGGCUCAUCCCAAAAAGGAUCAGUGUUUGAGGAGUUAACCGAGGUAAUUCUUGAGAAGUUUUUAUGCAUAUAUUUUAAAUUGUGUAUUAUACAUAAUUAAUUAAAGCAGUUGCAAAAAAGACAAUUGUUUUUUUUUUAAGAAUGAAGCUGAAGUAUUUGGAAUAGAUUGGGAUGGUCCACUUCCAACAAAUUUGUGCAAUGGUGCAGAUUAUGAGGGAAACACUAUUGAAGUUCCAAGUGUGGAUCUACCAUUAACACAAGAACAUUUUCAUCAGCUUCAAUCCCAGAUAAGUCCACAUGAACCAGGUUCAAAUUAUGGAAUUGAGAUAUAUAUGAGAGUAUUGCAGUUUUUAUCACAAGUGCAGUAA